AUGGAAAAACCAAGCGAAGGAAAUAAUGAAAACAAUCCUCAGACAGCAACUCACUCUCAAAAAGAAAACAAACUCACCCUUUAUAAAGUAGAUAGUAACAACAUAUAUGUUAGACAUGAUUUUGAAGAAAAUAAUCAUAUUUCUGGUAACAUAGAUGACAAAGACUCUCAGAAAAUUGUUUACGACGAUACUUAUUAUAUAAUAAAAUUAAAAAAACGGUUUAAAUCUUGGGAGUAUCUUCAAUCGUCAUCUAAUGUUCACUCUAUUAUUUCUAUUAUUAUUUGUUUGUUUUCACUUGCAGUUGGUAUAUUUCUUUAUAUCGCCGAGAAAAAUAACAUGAUGUCAGAAGUUAGAAGUAUUGUUUCUACCUCUAUUUUUGGAACAGGGAGCCUCACCACACUUUUAGGUAGUUUAUUCGCUCUUAAAAACGUUUUAUAUAAAAAUAGAUUAGAUACACUAGAUGUAUUAUAUGAAAAAGAAAACAAAGUCCCCGGAAGAAAGAUCCAAUGGGUUGUUAAAAGCCGAAUAGAUCAUGUGAAAAUGAUUGUCAAUUAUGAAAACGAGCUUAUAAGUGAAUUUCUUGAGGAAGCAAAAGAUAUAUUCAGGAAGAUGAAAGAUAUGCAUGCGAGUAAUUUUAUGGCUGAGAUUGCAAAAUGUUAUAAAAUUCGAAAUAUGAAAUUUAUAAAUGGGUUGUUAAAUGAGCUAUCAAAUUUUAUAAAUCCUAGCAACGGAGAUAUUAAUAUCAUGAUCAACAAAAAAAAAGAAAUAAAGAAUGAUCUAAAUGAUGAACACGACGAGAUUGCCAAACAAACCAAAUUAAUUGAGAAUGCAAGAAAUGUUCUAAAUGAUAAACACGAUGAACACAUGGAUAAGUAUAAAACAGAAAAUCAGACGUUAAUAGAUACGUUAAAAAUUAUUGUAAUGAAUCAUGCAGAACAAAUAGGAGACACGAAAGCAAGUAAAGAAAUAUAUAAUAUCGCAAACGAGUUAAAAGAUAUCAAGCUGAUGAGUGCAAGAACGUAUAAAAAAAAGGUUAUAAAAUUGAUAAAUAUGUUUUUAAAUAUUGAAGAAAAAAUUGCAAAUGAGCAAAUGAAAAUUAUGAAUGCAAGUAAUAAAAUGGUUGAAAUAAUAACUAAUUACAAGAAUGAAGAUAUGACAUUGAUAAAUAUAUUAUAUUCUUUUGCAAAACAGAAUAUUAGUGCAAAUUGUAAUAAAAUAGUGGAGGAUAUAAAAGAGAACGCGGAUAUUAAAGAUGAUGAAACAUGUAAAAAAGAAGAAAAUCAAGAUGAAGACAAAACAGUGAAGAAGGAUAUAAAAGUGAAUAUGAAGGAAAUAGAUGAUGAAACAUGUAAAAAAGAAGAAGAUAAAGACGGAAUAGUAGAAGAGUAUACAAAAAAGAAUGCUGGUAAGAAAAAAGAUAAAAAAACAUGUAAUAAAGAAGAAGAUGAAGAGAAAAAAGAUAAAGAAACAUGCAAUAAAGAAGAAAAUGAAGGCGAAAUAACGAAGGAUACGAAAGAAAAUACAAAUGAAAGUGAUACAAUUGAUAACUUUAUUUAUUUCUUUGAAUAUGUUAUUAUCAUUAUAAAAUUUAAGAUUAUAAAAUCAAAGUUAAGUAAAAUUAGCAAAAAGAGACCAAUAUUCGAAAAAUAUGAACAAUUUGAUCGAAAGCAAUUAUAUUUUAUAAAAAAACUAGUUAAUCAUACACGAUAUAUGUUUAUUUUACGAUCUAUAUGGGUUGCUAUAUUUUCAUUUAUUUUUAUUACAUUGGCAGCAAAAGCUAUUUUUAUGUUGCUUAAUGAAAAUGAUAGAAAUAUAUUUAAAAUUGUUGUUAUUGUUCUUAUUAGCAUUUCUAUACUUUGUUUAUAUGGUACUAUCUCUGUUAUUAUUUUAACUAAAGUAAUUAUUCCUAAGAUUUUAGGAGAUUAA